UUGGCGCGCUCAGAAUCACGAUCGCCGUCUCGCAAUAGGAGGAGGCGUUCCCCGUCUCCGGCGGUGGGCCAUAGGUACAGCAAGAGAAGCCGAAGGGACAGAAGCAGCCGCUCUCCCUAUUCCUCUUCAUAUUCUCAUAGCAGGUGAUCCCGUUAAAUAUAUAUCUUCCUUCCUUCCUAAUUCUUCUUAAACUCAUUCGAGGAGCUCGUGCGCUUUGGAUUUGCAUAAUGUUCGCCCUUCUUAUCCAUCCAUAUUGAUCUCUUUUGUUUUACACCUUCAAGUGGACAGGAAUUGGUAGUUCCAUUGCCUACGUUGGUAUGCUUUUUCACAUUUGCUCCUCUGACAUUUUUUUUUUUUUUUUUUUUUUUUUUUCCGAUUCUUCAACUACCUCUCUGGUUUUCUACACUUUAGCCUUGGUUGCUGUCAUGCUAAUGUCAAACAAUUGCUCAUCUUGUCAUAAAACCUGACGGAUGCCUCAAUUUCGAUCAAACAUUCGUGAACAUAAGCUUUCCGCAAAAUCCAUUUUGACGAUUCUUUUUAAAUAAUUGAAUAAUAUGUCUCGUAUGGAGUAAAAUUUAGUGUUGUCAGAGCGAUAUAAAGAUGUAUGCAAUUCAUAGGACUUUAAGAGAACUCAGUUUCUUCCCCGUCAUAUGGGAAGUGAGCAGGUGAUGGGCGCCAUUGCGUGUCCUUUUGUUGCUCGAUUGUGACAUUUGCUUCUUCAUGUGAUAAAAGAUGGAGCACACAAAGGUUAUUCUUAACAAUGUAUGAGACGCAAAAGUCGCUCUCCAACUCCGAGACGUCGUAAAAGUCGCUCUCCAACUCCCAGACGUCGUAAAAGUCGCUCUCCAACUCCCAGACGUCGUAAAAGUCGUUCUCCAACUCCAAGGCGUCGUAAAAGUCUCUCUCCAACUCCAAAACGUCGGAAAAGUCGCUCUCCAAUUUUGAAACGUUAUAGGAGGCAGAGAAGUAGGAGCUCUUCAUUGUCUCCUGUUCACAAAUCUCCUACUUCUAGCCUCGGAUCAUUGGAGAAGAAAAAUGCAAGUGAAAAAUUAAGAAAGGAAGAGGAAGAACAGAAGAAAAGGCGACAACAUGAAGCAGAAUUGAAGCUCAUAGAAGAAGAGACCUCAAAAAGAGUGGAAGAAGCAAUUCAGCGGAAAGUUGAGGAGAGCUUGAAUUCUGAGGAGAUUAAAGUAGAAAUACAGACGCGGAUGGAGGAGGGACGAAAGAAGCUACUAAAUGAAGUUGCAGCUCAACUUGAGAAGGAAAAGGAAGCAGCUAUUAUUGAGGCUAGACAGAAGGAGGAACAAGCCCAGAAAGAGAAAGAAGAGCUAGAAGGGAUGCUUGAAGAGACUCAGAGAAGGGUAGAAGAAGCUCAAAGAAGGGAAGCUUUGGAGCAGCAGAGGAGGGAGGAGGAGCGGUACAGAGAGCUAGAAGAGCUCCAGAGACAAAAGGAAGAGGCAAUGCGAAGGAAGAAACAAGAGGAGGAGGAACAGCGGUCUAACCAAAUGAAGCUGUUGGGUAAGAACAAAUCCCGGCCAAAAUUGUCAUUUGCACUUGGAUCCAAAUAGACAAUUUGUAUUGAACUUAUGUCCUUAGAGCCGAUUGCAUUUGUGUACUAAGAAUCUGAGAACAUUUGAUCAAAACAGUUUUUGGUUUAUAAUGUAGUCAGUUGUCAAUUGUUUGCGUCCUUCCCUCUAAGCCUAUGUGAGAGCAACAAAGAAAGGCUUCAGUCUUGUAUUGGUAUUUGGCUUGGCCAGGAGUUACCAGGCGGCUCAGAGCUUGAGUUGGGAGUUUA